AUGGACGUAGCAACUUGGGCACUGCCACAACUAUCAAAACUACUUCCCCUUGACGAUGAGUCGCUGAAGCAGAUAAUAUCAUAUACGGAGUCCCUCUCACAGAAGGAAUCGGCGGACCAUCUGCAGAACCUACUGGGCGACAGCCCUCAAGCACUUGAGUUCAUCACCUCCUUCAACAACCGAAGAAAUUCAAAAGCUUCAUCUGCUUCAAACCAGAAGCAGCCAUCGAAUGAUGUUUCAGAAGUGCCAAGGGCUAGGCCGAAGAAGAAGAAGCCUGGUCUGAACAAACUUCCGCCACCACGGCAGCCUGAAAAUUACGGCAAUGUAUCAGGCGCGUAUAUCAAGAAGGAUGAAGAAGACUACAUGGCUGGUAGUUCAAGAGCUAAACCCCCCAAACCCAACACGUUUGGCUUAUCAGCGACACCAGAUGCUCUACAACUACCAACAUCGACAGCAUCUUCAGGGACUUCAACACCAAAGUCUCGCGGUGUCUCACCGGCUCCACCACCAGCAAAGCUUCCAGGCCAUCUCAUAUCUGACACAAAGUCAAAGCCAAAGCCGAAAGCCAAAGUCAAUGUUACAGGUGGAACGCCAAUGCAUGGCGCCUCCACAGCACUCAGCGAUCUGGAAUCAGCAAUCAGGGCACUGGAGAUUCAAACCAACCCUACGCUUGCGCCUCAAGAUAGCAGUAAGAGGAAAUGCAAUUGCAUGGCUACAAGGCAUCCACUUCUUGAGGCAGCACCAAACUGCCUGAAUUGUGGAAAGAUCAUAUGCGUGAAGGAGGGCAUCGGUCCAUGUACUUUCUGUAACUCGGCACUGUUCAGUGCACAAGAAAUACAGUCAAUGGUGCGCGUUCUACGUGAAGAGCGAGGGAAAGAAAAGAUGGCCGCCAAUAACGCAGGUCAGAAGCGCGCCGACGUCUCCCUAGCACCGCGUCCCUUCUCAACUCCCCGAAGCGCGACACCAGUUUCUUCAAACCCUGCCUCGGAUGUUGAGUCUGAGAAUGAAAAACUGGCCCGAGCGAAGCAGCACAGAGACAAACUUCUUGCCUUCCAAGCCCAGAACGCAAAACGAACACAAGUGCACGACGAAGCUGCAGACUUCGAGACUACCACCGCGGGCCUGAGCAUGUGGGCUAGCCCUCAAGAACGUGCUAUGCAACUCAAAAGACAGCAAAAAGCCUUGCGUGAGCAAGACUGGAACGCACGUCCCGAAUAUGAAAAGCGGAAGGUGGUUGCCAGUAUCGAUCUCUCAGGAAAGAAGCUUGUCAAACGCAUGGCUGCUACCGAGCGACCGGUCACACCAGAGAGUGAGGAGGAGCCAGUUCAAGACUCGCGAUAUCCUACCGACGGCAACACGCUGUCGAGUAGCAGUGGAGCGUUUAGUAAGAACCCGCUGUUGGGCGGGUUGAUCAGGCCGACUAUCAAGGUUGAAGAGAGUAAAGGCAAAGAAAAGGAAGGCGGGAGGAAACAGACCUGGCGACGCGUACAGGAUGACAAUGAUGACAACGAGCAAUGGAUCUUGGAUGGUGGUGUCUAUGGUUCUAAAGCCGACAACGUGAGCUUGGAGAUGGAUGGCCUGAGAUGA